AUGUUGAGAUCGUUUUUUCGCUUAGCCAACACUAACAAUGUCAAGACUAACACCAUCACCAUAUUCCACGACUCAAAUUCCAAGUUAUCACAUCACUUGUUGGGCAAGUUAACAGGAUACAGCCAGUUGCCAAACACGUUCCACAGGACCAACGGUGUUGGAUGGUUCCAGAACGCGAGUGCGCAUCGCCAGAGCGCAUCACCAGCAGGCAUCAUCUCAAAUAAGUUCAAUUUGGAAUUGAAGAUGAAUCAGACGCCAUCGUACCAGGACUACUACUUUAUCCACGAACACUGCACUGACAUACAUCCUGACAACUGUACCAGUUUUGAAAAGAAGUUUCCAUUCUUGUUUGAACUGCAAAAUAUCACUUUGUGCAACCAGACGGCCACGAAGCAGAACAAGCAGAAACGUUUUAUCAACGACUUACAGUUAUUACUGCAAGAGGAUUACAACCAAUUUUCUGAACAGAAAAACUUCUUCAAGGCGCCAUUGAUCAUUGAUUGGUCUAACAACUUGAUUGCCGGUGAUGAUAAGGGGUUGGAUCGUAUCAUGGCCAACUAUUUAGCAUGUGGCAUCCAGGACUCUCACAAGAAUGUCUUACACGAAGACUCUUUGGUGGAGGCUGAGAUAAUAGAGGAAAAGACCUCUUCUGGUGGUGACAAUGAUCACACUGAUAAUAAUGCUAAUAAUGCAGGGUAUGCGACUCAAGGCUCUCCUAGACGCACCAAUUCCAGAUAUAACCGUAACGAUAUAAUACACCCACACGUUGCAGAAUUUGCAGAUUUGUUUUAG